AUCAGGGGGUUCCACGUCUCCGGCGUUGCGUUUAUGUUAAGAGAACAAUGACUACUAGCAGUUGGGUUUGCUAUGCAGAAGUUCAAACAGCUUUACCAUGGCCGGCUGCGUGAACGACGGAAAAGCUAUUGUGUGUGCUCUCUGCGGCUGGCUUACGUCUGCGGCAAACCGGCUUGCUUGCUGGGUGGCUAAUGUAUGCUCCUGCAUCCAUGCGAUUCCGUUUCCCUACUUCCGUCCUACGACUUCUAUCUCUAGUCCUCUACUUGCCUUUUUGCUCAUGAUGCUCUAUAUCCCAUUUGAUCACGGCUCUGGAAAGCCAUGCCUGAAGGUCCUUUAGCGCUAAUGAACGCAAACCGCGGCAGCGGCAGCAAGCUUUAGCUCCAAACAAUUCUCUAGCAAU